AUGCCCGACCAGAAAGACUGGGCAGCAAUGCUAGCUCCACAACUAACCGGGAAGGCUCUCAAAGCUUAUGCUGCAAUGGAAAACGCCGCAGACGCCAAAGAUUAUAUGAAGGUUAAAGAAGCUAUCUUUCAGCGCUAUGACAUUAAUGAAGAAACCUACAGACAACGAUUUCGCUCAGCUCACAUAAAAAGAACAGAGACACCGUUGGAGAUGCUGACACGGAUUACAGACCUUGCAGAUAAGUGGCUGGUGUCAUGUACAACUAGGAAGGAAGUUAUUGACUGUGUUAUAUUGGAGCAGUUUGUGAAUGUGUUACCAGAAGAAGCAAGGACAUGUGUCAAAGAACAUAAACCGAGUUCAAGCAAGGAAGCAGGUCAGUUAGCGGAAGACUUUCGACAAGCAAGAAAGGACAAGUGGGAGGCAGCAAUUGGGAGGAAGGUUGAGGAGAAAAGAUGUCACAAUUGUAAGAAGGUGGGUCACCUGGCUAAGGAUUGCCACCAAUUGAAAGAUCUAGACAAGAAUAGCAAAGAAGAUAAAGACAAACCUCAAAUUACAUGCUACAAUUGUAAAGCCAGAGGACAUAUAGCAAAGAACUGCCCAAAAGCAAUGUUUUGUGGUUUACAAGAGGAGUCGUUAAAUCACCAUUACUACAUGGACGAGUAGAGGGACGAGUUGUGAAGGACAUACAGUUGGACACCGGGUGUUCUCGAACUGUGGUGAGGAGUGAACUGGUAGAUAAACAGAAGUUUCAAGAAGACACUGUGUCGAUUCAGUGUGCUCAUGGUGAUAUAGUUUCAUACCCAGUAGCCGAGUAGCGGUUGUAGAGAUAGACGUAGGUGGAAAGUUGCUUCAGGUGGAAGCAGCGGUGUCGGAUACAUUACCGAGGUCAGUUCUAUUGGGGACAGAUGUGCCCGAGUUAAAUAGCCUACUCAGAGAGGAGAGAGUGGAUUUGCUGUCUUAACAAGGAGCGGGGCUCGUAGACAGAAGAAAGAGGAAGAGGAGUUACAACGGAAGGAAAAAGAAUCAGGAGCAAAAACAACAACAGUGGAAGUAGAUGCUCAGGAGUCGAACACAGUGGAACUCACCCCAGCCAUAGAUAAUGGAUGACAAUUAUCUGAAGAACCAGGGGACAAAGGAGGGCCAAAGGAGGCCAAGGAAGAACAGAAGGACGGAGAUCAGCCACAGGAGGAGAGGAAUAAUAACAGCUGGUUGGAUGUUGGGCUGCAGUUUGAUGAUGACAUGUUCUACAGGAGGGAAAACUAAGGAAAAAACAGACAAGGUCACAGAAGAGAGAAG